CAGCCAGACCUGGCCACACUGAAGGCCUUCAGGAGAGGGACCUGCUCCUUGGCCAGCGGGACCAUGAUGAUGACAUGGUUAGGGACCCUGCGGAUUGCCUUCCUGCUGUACUGCUGGCGGAAUGCAGACUUGCAGCCGUUCAACACGACCUCAGAUCAAGCCUCUGAAAUGCCGCCCAAUGCAAAAACUCAAGACAUGCCUGGAGUUUUUGACGAGAUUCUCGUCCAGGAGAUCCUGGAACCCAACAAAACGAAGCUGACUAAAACACAAAGCACGGCCACGAUGCUGUCCACCAUGACGACCAAGGACAAAAGCUCUGCUGUGGAGGAGGGGAGCCAGGCUGACGCAUCUGAGACUUACCAUGAGCUGCUGGAGCACCUGCAGUUCUCCACUGGCAGCGAGGACAAGACUUCCAACAAUGAAGUCAGCACGGACGAGAACGCCCACACAGGGGUCACUGCGGAGACCUACCACGAACCACAGCUGUCUUCCACAGAGAAGAAAAAUUCAAAAGACGAUCCAUACUACAAGCUGUCUGAUCUGGACAAAAUCCUUCAAAACGUAGGCCGAUCACCAGGAAACACUUUCCAGUGAAGACGAGAGGGGACUGAGCUGACACGGGGGUUCGAGCAGUGUGGCAUCAUCGAGGGGCCCCUAGAGCCCAGCACCACUCGGAACCCUCCCCAACCCUCCUUAGGAAUAUAACCCACACCCACAUAAAGGCCACUAUUGAUUCA